AAAAAAAACUCUCUCCUUCUUUUACUCUUUCUUUCCUUUUUUUUCAACUUAAAAUCUUCUUUUGUUUGAAUAUGCCUCUUCCUAAAAAGAAAAACCAUGGUACUCUUGGUCGUGCUAUGAUCAAAUCUCGUUUUCAAGGUCAACGCACUUUUGCUGUCGAUGAAGGAAAAUUGCAUACAACCGAUAUGGAAGGGGAAGGCGAUAGUUGGAUGAAGAUGCGAAGUAUUACUCAGGAAAAUGAUCUGGAAGCCUUUUUAAGUACUGCAGAACUUGCUGGGACUGAUUUUGCUGCUGAACGUCUCAAUGUCAAGGUGGUCCAAGAUACAUACAACAAUCCUUUCUUAUUGUCCGAUAAAGAAGAAAAAGAACGUAUUGAAAAACAAGAAGCUAAUGUUGAAAGGUUAUCCAUUCCACGACGACCUCAUUGGGAAAAGACUAUGACAGCAGAACAAGUACAACGAAAUGAACGUGAAAGCUUUUUGAACUGGCGACGUGGCAUGGCUCAACUUGAAGAAGAAGAAGGAUUAUUAUUGACACCAUAUGAAAAGAAUUUAGAAGUGUGGCGACAACUUUGGCGUGUUAUCGAAAGAUCAAGAUUGGUGGUACAAAUUGUCGAUGCUCGAAAUCCUCUCUUGUUCCGUAGUGCUGAUUUGGAUAAAUACGUCAAAGAAGUGGAUCCCAGAAAGAACAACCUACUUUUGAUUAAUAAGGCUGACUUUUUGACUCGUGAUCAGAGAUUACAAUGGGCGGAUUACUUUGAUGCACAUGAUAUUCGAUACACCUUCUUUUCAGCAAAGGCAGCAACUACAGCACAAGAAGCAGCAAAGGCAGCAUUACAACAACAAGAGCUUGAAUCAUCUUUGGAAUCCAAGGAUAGUAGCGAUGAUGAUAAUGAACAACAAGAGGAAGAUCAAGUGACUGAUACUUUAGCCAACACACAUAUUGAUGACAAAAAUAAGUCUCAAGAAAAAGAAGAAACAGAAGAAGAAACAGAUGAUCGUAUCCGUAUUCGCACCACUGGCAACUUGCUUGAUCUUCUUAUUUCAGAAACACCCAAGAUGGAUGACGAUGAAGAAGGUGAUGAUCAGAAAAUUGUGAUCGGUUUAGUUGGUUAUCCCAAUGUUGGUAAAUCAAGCACAAUCAAUGCGCUUAUUGGAGAAAAGUGUGUAUCUGUUUCUUCGACUCCUGGCAAGACCAAACAUUUCCAAACCAUUCAUUUGACACCUUCUCUGAUUCUUUGUGAUUGUCCUGGUCUUGUGUUUCCUACCUUUUCCACCACCAAAGCUGAUCAAGUAUGUAAUGGUGUUUUACCAAUUGAUCAACUUCGCGAACAUACUGGUCCUACUUCAUUGGUUGCCCGACGUAUCCCUCAAGCUGUGUUAGAAGCUACCUAUGGUAUCAAAAUAAGAACAAUGCCAGUUGAAGAUGGUGGUUCCGGUAUUCCCACAAGUGCAGAAUUUUGUUCUACUUAUGCUAUUGCCAGAGGUUAUUUCCGAUCAAGUCAAGGGAAUCCUGAUGAAUCACGUGCUGCAAGAUAUAUUUUAAAAGAUUAUGUCAAUGGAAAACUUUUAUUCUGUCAUCCUCCUCCUGGUGUGGAUGAAGAUGAAUUUAAUAAAGAGAUUCAUGAAGCAGCUCUCAAGACUCAAAAGAAACUUGCACCUACAACAAGAGUUCCUGCACAUGCAUUGAAUUAUGUCACACCUGCGGAUGGAACAACGACACAACGAGGAUCCAAAACCGAAGCUGUAGAUAAUGCUUUCUUCCAGAAACAUAUUGGAGCACCUAGUAUUCGUGGCAAAUAUGCUGGUGGCAUGCGUGGCGGCUUUUCACGAGUCAAUUUAUAUCCUCAUCAACAACGUACUGCGGAAGAUGGAACAGUGUUACCUCAAUCUCGACGUGAACGAUUGGCUAUGGUGCAACAAAAUCUAGCAGAUGCUGGCAUGGGAAAGAAACACAAGAAGGGAAAGAAACAUGUCAAGGUACGAAGUGGUGCUGGUUAUGAUUACAUGUAGUUCUUUCUUCCCAAUUUUUUUUUUUAUAUGUACAUUUUCAUCAUACUUUUUAUAUAUGCAUUUGUUAUCCCUCAUUAUUAGAUCUUUUUUCUUUUUUUUAUACAUACAUCGCCUUUAUAUCAAUAAAAAAGAACAACUUUUGUACACCCUA